GUGAUUGGAAAGGAGGCGAGGGCAGUGUACAACGCGGGCCAAGCAACGGGUAUGACGUUUUGGGCACCAAACAUAAACAUAUUUAGGGAUCCACGGUGGGGAAGAGGGCAGGAGACACCUGGGGAAGAUCCGAAAGUGACGGGAGAAUAUGCUGUGGCUUAUGUAAGGGGACUCCAAGGAGACUCAUUCGACGGCCGGAAAACACUCUCCGGCCAUCUCCAAGCAUCUGCUUGCUGCAAACACUUCACUGCUUACGAUCUUGAUCGUUGGAAAGGCAUCACUCGCUACGUUUUCAAUGCUAAGGUUAGCCAACAAGACUUGGCCGAUACUUACCAACCGCCGUUCAGGAGGUGCAUUGAGGAUGGCAGAGCAAGCGGAAUCAUGUGUGCUUACAACCGCAUCAAUGGAGUCCCCUCCUGCGCCGAUUCCAACCUCUUGUCCAAGACUGCUCGGGGACUCUGGAAAUUCCAUGGGUACGUGACUUCGGAUUGUGAUGCUGUGUCCAUCAUCUACGAUGAUCAAGGCUAUGCCAAGACUCCUGAAGACGCUGUGGCCGAUGUCCUCAGGGCUGGGAUGGAUGUAAACUGUGGAUCCUACCUGCUGAAACACACUAAGUCAGCUCUCCAACAGAAAAAGCUGUCGGAAUCCGACAUUGACAGAGCUCUCCACAACCUCUUCUCUGUGAGAAUGAGGCUCGGUCUCUUCGAUGGCUACCCGACAAAGCAACCCUUUAGCAGCAUCCGUCCUGAUAUCGUCUGUUCUCCAGCUCACCAGAUGUUAGCGCUCGAAGCCUCUCGCAACGGCAUUGUCCUCUUGAAGAACAAUCAGAAACUCCUCCCUUUCCCCAAGCAAAAGACAUUAUCUCUCGCUGUCAUUGGCCCAAACGCAAAUGCAGCAAAAACCCUCCUCGGAAACUAUUUUGGGCCGCCCUGCAAGACAGUAACCCCUCUUGACGGGUUGCGUGGUUAUGUCAAGGAUGUUGUUUACCACCAGGGUUGCACCUCUGUGGCUUGCUCCUCGGCAACAGUUGAUCAGGCGGUGGAAAUAGCUGGAAGAGCUGAACGUGUGGUGUUGAUAAUGGGACUGGACCAGACGCAGGAGAAGGAGGAUAUGGACCGUGUGAACUUGAGUCUUCCAGGAAGGCAACAAGAGCUUGUGAUGAGCGUUGCAAAGGCUGCGAAAAAGCCGGUGGUCCUGGUCCUCAUCUGUGGUGGUCCUGUCGAUGUCUCGUUUGCUCAGAAUGAUGAUAAGAUCGGAAGUAUUUUGUGGGCUGGUUAUCCGGGUCAAGCCGGAGGGACAGCCAUUGCCGAAAUCAUAUUUGGAGAUCACAACCCAGGAGGGAGAUUACCAAUGACAUGGUACCCUCAGAGCUUCGUCAAUGUCCAGAUGACAGACAUGAGGAUGCGACCAGAACCCUCGUCUGGAUACCCUGGAAGAACAUACAGAUUCUACAAAGGCCCCAAAGUCUAUGAGUUCGGACAUGGCCUCAGCUACACGAAAUACAAAUACGAGUUCAAGAUCGAGACAGAAACCAAUCUCUAUCUAAACCAAUCAUUCACAACCGCGAAAACCGGCUAUUCAGACUCAGAUUCUGUUCAUUACGCACUGGUUUCAGAGAUGGGAAGAGAAGGGUGUGAAGCAACGAAAACAAAGGUGAGAAUCACGGUGGAGAAUGAAGGGGAGAUGGCCGGAAAACAUCCUGUGCUGAUGUUUGUGAGACAUGAGAAGGGAGGAGAAGGGGAACGACCUGAGAAACAGGUGGUAGGGUUUAAGAGCGUGGCACUGAGAUCGGCCGAGAAGGGAGAGGUCGAGUUCGAGGUCGGAGUUUGUGAGCAUUUGAGCAGAGCCAAUGAGUAUGGAGUUAUGGUUGUGGAGGAAGGCAAGUAUUUCUUGGCCGUUGGUGACAAAGAGUAUCCACUUACAGUUAAUGUCUGA